ACAUUUGUUUGGUCGUAAAGCUUCAAGAGAAUGUCCAACUUCAUCAACUUCAACUCCUUCGAUGUCAAGAAGGCGUUGAAGCGAAAAAAGGGGCAGAUCUCCUCCGAUUCAGAUUCAGAACAGCAGGCUGCUGCCAAGGCCAAGGCCAAGGCAGCUGCCAAGGCGAAAGCAGAGAAGAAGGAGAUUCCCGUGGAGCCGCUGCAGCACCUGGCUGUCAGCGCCGCGGAGCUGCCCGGCGCCGCGCUGGUGGCGCGGUUCCUGAGCUGCGCCCGGGCGGAGUGGCAGCAGCUGAAGGCGAAGGCCGAGACCUUGGAGCUGCAGGCCGCUGACCGAGCCCUGGUAGCCUCUGAGCCGCCAGCCCUGGAACAACUGCGGCCGCUGAUUGACCUCGUGGAGAUGCGUGCUCCUGACGACCCCGAGUCUGAAAAGGUGGAAAAGGUAUGUCGAAUGUCUUUGGCCAACGAGCACCUUGCUGCAGAGAAGGCCUACCUUGAGCUGACGAUUGGCAAUUCCAAGUGGCCGAUCGGUGGUGGAGAGUUUCUUUCAAGUGACGGACCGCAACCAGGCAACAGAAUGUGGGGUCAGAAAUUGCGGAAAGUCAAAGAGACCCCUUCCAUCUUGGACAACGAUUCGCAAAAGAACGCAAUUCAAGGGUUGAAAAGGCUCCUCAGCUUCGUUCAGGCCACCGAAAGCUGGAGAAAGGCGCAGUGAUGCGACCUGUCGGGUGAAAAAUGCA